GUAAAUCACCACUUUCUCAUGACAUCCCAUCAAAGAGAGUGAAAACUGAAAACCCCCCACCCACACUGUUCUCUCUCUCUCUCUCUGGUUCACAUGCACUCCUUCCAUUUUUACUUGAUUUGGAGAACAAAGACAAAACCUCAUUUCACUUCACAGACCCUAUUCUCUCUCUCGCUCUGUCAUAUUUCUUCUUGGCUCUCCAGAAUCCUUCACUGGAUAUGAUUCCACCCAACAAACCAAAUCCAGCCGUUGGAUUUCGCUCAUUCUCAUCCCUUUGUUCUUUUCCUCCCUCUGAAUAAAUUCUCAGAUACAAUAAAAUUGCAGCAGCAGUCUGUCUGUGCGUUUCUUGGGCUCAGGUUUUGCAUAUCUAUAUAUGCAUAUCUUGUGCGUGCUCUGUUUUUUACUGCGUUGAUGGCCGCAAUUUACCAAGAACAAAGUGAAAAUGGGAAUGAGAUUAACAGGCAUGAUAUUCAGGCGGCUUUUGCUAAAGCGGUGGAGCUCCGGGCCCUUCAUGCUGCUCUUGUGCAGGCCAACAGCCCCGCCAACCUCAGAUUGCCUUCUUCUUCUUCCCCUGUCUCUCGCCAUGCUCCUCACUUCUCUGCCCAAGAUUACCCUGUUUUUACCCCAAGUUAUGAAGAUGAACCAUUACCAGGGUAUCAGCAAAUCCUGUUGGAGAAUCGGAACUACGCUGAGAGUUGGGGGGAGUACAACUUAGACGUGGGAAACAUUGAUGAAUCUGUCCUAUCAGAUUAUAGAACUGCAAAUGCGUCUUCAAGAAAAGGGUUUCCAUCUGAAUUGAUGAACUUGGAGAGGCAUAUAUGUCCAGCAGAAGAUCAAAAUUCGGUGACGGGUUCUUGUGCUAAUAACAUUUCUGUCCUUAGAGCAUCCCCGGGGCCUGACAAUUACUACAAGUCUAGGAGAAACAGCAUGGGGGAUAUCAAAUCAGUAUCGUCUUGCAAUAAAUGCAAGCCCGCUGUAAUAAGUAAUGACUUGGAUGGCCUCUCCAAGAAUGGCAGGAAGUCGAACAUUGUCGUGCCGUUGACAGAUUCACACUCAUCUCUUCAUUCGCAACCAAGAAACAAGGGGUUGAGCUUUUCAUGGCUGUUUCCCAGGCUAAAGAAGAAGAACAAGAAUGAAAAUUCACCUAUUCGUCCACAGGCUGAGGAAGUGUCCCAAAUGCUUACAGACUUGGGAAUGUUAUCUGUCGAUACGUUGAAGAGAGAAUUAAUGGAAGCGCACGAGAGUAGAGAUGCGGCCUUGAGUGAAGUUGCGGAAAUGAAAUCAUCACUUGGGGAGCUUAGCCAGAAGUUGGAGUAUUUGGAAACUUACUGUGAAGAACUAAAGAAGGCUUUAAGACAAGCUGUGCAAGUAAAGAAUCCUCAGCCUGCCGAAAAGCUUACAAAUCUUCCAAAGAGAGGGAAAUCCGUUGAUGGGAGUGCAGAAAGUUCAAUGCCUGUGAGUGAAGAAGUAAUGGUGGAGGGGUUCUUGCAAAUAGUAUCAGAAGCAAGACUAUCAGUGAAGCAAUUCUGCAAGACUCUAGUUGGCCAAAUAGAAGAAAGUGACCAUUCUCUAAUUGACAAUCUAAAUUCACUGCUUCAACCAUACAAGCUGUCUGUAAACUCAAAAUACUCCAAAUCAGUCUUGUACCAUUUGGAAGCUAUCAUAAACCAAUCACUCUACCAGGACUUUGAGAACUGUGUGUUCCAGAAAAACGGAAUGCCAAAGCUCUUGGACCCUCAACAAGAACGCCAAGCACGGUUCCAGUUGUUUGUAGCAUUGAGAAACCUAAGUUGGAACGAAGUCCUGAGGAAAGGGACAAAGUUCUACAGCGACGAGUUCAGCAAGUUCUGUGAUCAGAAAAUGAGUGGCAUUAUAACGACUCUCGGUUGGACUAGACCAUGGCCUGAGCAGCUCCUUCAAGCGUUCUUCGUAGCUGCAAAGUGCAUCUGGUUGCUCCAUUUGCUUGCAUUUUCGUUUGAUCCACCUUUAGGUAUUUUAAGGGUCGACGAAAACAGGCCUUUCGAACCCCAUUACAUGGAGGAUGUGUUCGCUGAGAAGCAAAGGCCGCAGGGUCCCAGCCGAGUCAAGAUCUUGGUAAUGCCUGGAUUUUAUGUUCAUGAUAAAGUACUUAGAUGUAAGGUUCUUUGCAGAUAUAAGUCAGUUGUCUAACUGGAAGUAGUUCAAUACUUGUCAAUUUUCUUUUCUCUGCACCUGGAUUAUAUUAACUUGUAAUCUCCACUUAGUUUAUUCAGCUUAUGUUAUCUCUUCGACAAGUUUGUUCA